AUGCCCAUCAAGAGGCUCUGGGGCAUCCUCUUGCCUAUGCAUGCAUCAGCUAAAGUCACCAUCAAGGGGAAGACACUAGGAACACCCGACUUUCUUCUCGAGAUCCAGGGACUGGGGCAGGAUGAAGAAUUUUGGAUUAUGAAGAUCAGUUGUUCGCAGACUCAGGCUGAUGUGUUGACAAGAUUGCAGUGUUAUGGGAACAAUGCCCCACAUCAAACCGAAGUUUUCAUCGGAGAUAGCAUUGAAGAUGAAAAGAUGACAAUUAACUCAUUGGCAACACAUCCAUGGGUACACCCCUUGAUCAUCAUGAUCAAAACUUGGAUCCAUAAACCGAACAGAGAAUUCUCCCUCAAUGUAACUGCACACAGCAACAGUCCAUAUUACACAUGUGCAACAAUUUGUCCAUUGGCGGAUAGUGCUUCCAUCCCUAUUACUCAUCUCAAUUCAGUUCUGGGGGACUGGAAGUACGAGGACGCAGAUCUCGAUGUCAUGCAUAACUGGACCCCUUCGGGUCCCAUCCUCGACUGGGAAUUGAUUCUGGAGUCCAUUUAUAAGGCCAUGCUGAGGGACGGGUAUGAAUGGUACUGUCAAUGGCAUAAUGGUCUCAAGCGCCGUGCAGACGAGCUUCUCGAGCCCGAGAUACAGGGUGGGUCUCAUACGAGGCCCAGGAGAGAUUGA